UUUCUAAAAAUAAAGUAUGCGCUGCAAAAGAUUAAUUAAUUUUAUUUCCAUAUGCAGUUCACUUCGUCAUUAUGCAGACUGGACGUUUAUAGAAGAGUCAAUUGAAAUAGUUUUGUAGCCAAGAUUCGAACCACGUUUUAUCGACCUCUAUUACACUUAGCCGAGACUCGAACCACGCUUUACCGACUUUCAUAAUGCUUAGCCGAAAUACGAACUACACUUUAUCGAUUUCUAUAUAUUCUUAGCUGAGACUCGAACGCGCGUUAGACGAGCUCGAUUAAAGCCCGGUUCCACAAUUUACUUUAAGCGGAGUCAAACCCAGUUUAAAGGCUGCGUUCCACAAUCGCCAUAAACUUGUUUACUGUCUGUUCCAGUCUAUCCUGUGAUUAAAAUUAGACGCCGACUUUUGAGCGUUUAAUGAACACAAACGAAGUUUAAUAUCGCGGUGCCAGAAAUUUCAAAGUGAAGAUAUCUAUCACCCAGCUUUUCAGAGUCAUGUUGCAACAUCGCGAUUUAUUGACCGUCAAAGACAAUGAGAACUUCUGUUACAUCUUAGCCAUGUCGAAGAACUUUUACUGGACGAAAUGUCACAAAAGGACGAAGCCUAAUUUGACCGAGGACAAGGAAAACAUACAUCAGAGCGAAAAUUCCAAGUUCGUCGAAGGUAAGAGCGACAUGAAAAAGAAGAGAGGACUAUCAGCGGGUGCGGAAAAUCGGAGAGAUGAUGUCACGUGUACGGCGCCGAUGCAACAGAAGCUUACCAUCCCAAGAAAAGAACAGUUUAAAAUUUAUCGCGACGAGGAUGAGAGAUCGCUCCCGCUCGUGCGGAAAAGGAACAGGAAAGAAAUGAGAAGAGAGGAGCAUUUUCGUUUCUUAACACCUACUGUUUCGUACAGGUGAGACGGACGUUUUCGAUAAGUCUGGCCAAAAAUUAAAAAGAAAUUAAAUAAAAGUGUGUUACUCUU